AUGGGAAACGAACCCAAAGCUGAGCAAUCAGGCCAGCUUUCCGACUCCAAAGACGAAUCGAGUUCCUCAUUCACGGACCAGACCGUACAGGAGGCCGGAAACUUGGAUGGAUGGAAACUGGCCUUGGUCAUCACCGGGCUUUGUCUUGCUGUCUUUUGCAUGGCACUUGACAACACCAUCAUUGCAACCGCAAUCCCUCGCAUCACCGACGACUUUCGUGCUUUGGAUGAUCUAGGCUGGUACGGCUCGGCUUAUCUCCUCACAACCUGCAGCUUCCAGUUGUUCUUUGGGAAGCUCUACUCGUUCUACUCGGUCAAAUGGGUCUUCCUCACCGCCAUCGCUUUCUUCGAACUCGGCUCCUUGGUCUGUGGCGCCGCGCCAACCUCGGCGGCUCUCAUUAUCGGUCGAGCGAUCGCGGGCAUCGGCUCCGCUGGAAUAUUCUCUGGAGCUAUCCUCAUCAUAGUCCUCAGUGUUCCAAUGAGGAAGAGGCCUAUCUACGUUGGCCUACUCGCGGGCAUGUACGGCCUUGCUAGCGUUGCUGGUCCGUUGAUGGGUGGUGCUUUUACCGACAGGCUCUCUUGGAGAUGGUGCUUCUAUAUCAACCUCCCUAUCGGGGUCGUCACUGUGCUGUUUGUGGUACUGUUCUUGAAGCCCCCUCAAGCCAUUUCAGGAUCAGUUAAGGAGAAGGUUCCCUGGAAGCAGCAGAUUGGCCAUUUUGACCUCCCAGGCACAGCCUGUUUCUUGCCAGCCAUCAUCUCGCUGCUCCUAGCAUUGCAAUGGGGAGGUUCCAGAUACCCUUGGUCUAAUGGCCGCAUCAUUGGACUAUUCAUUGUUUUUGGCGUCCUCAUCAUACUCUUUGUCGUUAUCCAAUUCUGGAAACAGGACAAGGCGACUGUUCCUCCGAGGAUCUUUGCGGAUAGAACAGUCUGGAGCUGCGCCUCAUUCGCCGUUUGCUUUGGCGCUUCUUUCUUCCUCCUUAUCUACUAUAUCCCGAUUUGGUUCCAAGCCGUCAAAGAUGCCAGUGCUGUUCGGUCAGGGAUCAUGAACUUGCCCAUGAUCCUUGGGUUAGUCGUCAUGUCAGUCGUGACUGGAGGUGCAGUCAGUGUCAUUGGGUACUAUACUCCCUUGAUCCAUGCAUCGUCUAUCCUGAUGAGCAUCGGUGCUGGGCUGUUGACCACAUUCCGUGUAAACACCCAGUCCCCUGCGUGGAUAGGCUACCAAGCUCUCUACGGAAUUGGAGCCGGCCUCGGCAUGCAACUCCCUCUUGUCGCAGUGCAAACCGCUCUGCCAGAACAAGACAUACCUAUUGGUACCGCGACUCUGAUGUUCUCCCAGACUCUUGGAGGUAGCAUAUUCGUGCAGGUCGCCCAGAACGUCUUCACGAACCAGCUCAGCAAAGAAAUUCAGGGUGCAGGACUUGACGCCGGGAUUGUGCUUGGAGUUGGGGCAACAGAGCUGCGAGACAGUGUACCUGCGGUUCACUUGCCAGAGGUUCUGGUUGCGUAUAGCAAGGCUCUAACCAACACCUGGUACGUUUCUGUUGCCAUGGCUGUCAUCUCACUUAUCCCUGCUUUGUUUGUUCCGUGGAAGUCAGUCAAGGACAAGAAGGUGGAGAUGGUUAUGGCGUAA